GUUAUCACUCUUGGUUUUUUUUUGUGUGUUUUUUUCUGCAUAUUUUUGCUUAACUUCGCAAUUUUUCAAAUUCCAAGGAUUUAUCAAGUGGCUUGUUGAAGUCAAAAGGAGCUUUAAAUAGUUAUAGUUUGAACACCAUAGACAAUGGACGAGGAACAACAGUCUUGCUGUUGCGGUUGGAGAUUUUGUCGAAUUGUUGGUCUAACCAUUGGUUGGCUUGGUGUUAUCUUAUCGUUUAUCCUGAUUUAUGCUCUGUGUAAGCAUCCGGGAUUGUUUGGAAAAAGUGUGCAUGAAAGUAUCAUCCCAUUCUUGCCAGCAUUAAAUCUUGUAUCUUCGUAUAGUUGGAUAUUCGGGAUUGAUAGGAACAAACUGGAGUUUGCACUAGCAAGUUUAAUUUGGUGGGGCACGAACUUGUCUCUUGUGUUCGUGUGUAUGAUCUCUUAUUUCUUUGCUGACCAUGGAGACAAGCCAAGAUCCCACGUACGAGAAAUGUACUUCUUAUUGGCGAUUGAUUAUUGGGUGUGUUCAUAUGUCAUUGCGUUAUUUUGCUAUAAAUCGAUGAAACGCGUCCAUAAAAAUCCAGAAGUCACCGUUUAAAUCAAGUAUACGGACAAUAAUUGUCAUGUUUUGGACUAACUGCUAUGGAAUAUGAUGUUUUUAAUGCAUUUUUCAAGUGAUUCUAAAAUUGAUUGACUUUUUAUCUUGAUAAAUUGAAUUUAUUGACAAUUUGACCAUCAAAUUUUGAUGUUAUCAUAAGAUUUUUUGGACUUUCUAAGAAAAUAUGAAUUCGAUUUGGA